GCCCUCCGAGGGCUCAUGACGUACUUCCGCCAAUGUGCUUCACCCCUCUCAGAUGCGGGUUGUGCGUAGUUCCGAGAAAGAGUUUUGCGUCACAGCUUCCGGUACAAAGCAAGUGGUUUUCCGCGGUUCCAAGGGAUUCCUUCAUGUUUCCUUAGCUUCUGGUAGGGUUUUUUUUUUUGUUUUGUUUUGUUUUGUUUUUUUAAACCUGGGUGUGACGUAUUAAGCAGGCCGACGGAAAUAGAAUUAAAAGCGUUCUAAAAUGGCGAACCGUACGGUGAAGGAUGCCCACAGCAUCCAUGGCACCAACCCUCAGUAUCUGGUGGAGAAGAUCAUCCGGACGCGGAUCUAUGAGUCAAAGUACUGGAAAGAAGAAUGUUUUGGACUUACAGCUGAACUUGUAGUCGACAAAGCCAUGGAGUUAAAAUUCGUGGGUGGUGUGUAUGGUGGAAACAUAAAGCCAACUCCUUUUUUGUGUUUAACCUUGAAGAUGCUUCAAAUUCAACCUGAGAAGGAUAUCAUUGUUGAGUUCAUAAAAAAUGAAGAUUUCAAGUAUGUCCGGAUGUUGGGGGCACUUUACAUGAGGCUGACAGGAACUGCAAUUGACUGCUACAAAUACUUGGAGCCUUUGUACAAUGACUAUCGAAAAAUCAAGAGCCAGAACCGAAAUGGAGAGUUUGUACUGAUGCAUGUAGAUGAGUUCAUUUAUGAGCUUCUGCACAGUGAGAGAGUCUGUGAUAUCAUUUUGCCCCGGCUACAGAAACGGUAUGUGCUGGAAGAAGCUGAGCAGCUGGAGCCUCGAGUCAGUGCUCUAGAAGAAGACAUGGAUGAUGUGGAGUCUAGUGAGGAAGAGGAGGAGGAAGAUGAGAAGCUGGAAAGAGUGCCAUCACCUGACCACCGACGAAGAAGCUACCGAGACUUGGACAAGCCAAGGCGCUCACCUGCACUGCGCUACAGGAGGAGCCGGAGUCGUUCUCCCAGAAGACGGAGUAGAUCCCCUAAAAGAAGAAGUCCUUCUCCCCGACGAGAAAGGCAUAGGAGCAAGAGUCCACGACGCCAUCGAAGCAGAUCCAGAGACAGACGACACAGAUCCCGCUCUAAAUCCCCAGGUCACCACCGUAGUCACAGACAUAGAAGCCACUCAAAGUCUCCUGAAAGGUCUAAGAAAAGCCACAAGAAGAGCCGGAGAGGAAAUGAGUAAUGGAUUCAUCUUGAUUUUAGUCCAAAUGACCUCCUGUGGAUCUGAGAGUAUCUGUUUAAGUGGAAUGACCAAGAUCUCCUCUUCAGGCAGCUAUGAGUAUUUUGGGUUUUUCAAAAUCAGCUUCUUGUUUUGUUGGGUUUUGUUUUUAUUUUAGUAUUACAGAGGUGCUAAGUUUUGUAUCUCUUUGGAUUAUAACCAACAGCUUUGAAGAGUGUUUUUGACCAAAUCAAGGUCAGGUUUUGGCCUAACCAACUAUGGUUAUUCAUACUUAGCAGGGUCAAGAGGACCUGGGAAUUGGAGAGGUUCCUGAGUAAAAAGAUGUGAUCCUUUUAUUUGUAAUUAAACCUGAAGCAGUUCUCAUUCUCUGUUUUUUGUUUGUUUCUUUGUUUUGUUUUUUUCUCUAUGAUUAAUUGCUUUGAGAAUCCUCUGGUUUAUGCUGCUUCUAAUAAACACCCAGCUAGUAAAGCAUAGUAAUUCCUAACUUACCACUAAGUACAGACAGCAGUGUGGUAAUAAACAUGCAAGAUAACUAGUUAAUAGUUUUGCAGGAACAGACUACAUUCAAACAUAAAGCUUUUUCUGAAUUUUUAAAUUCAUGUUCAUUAAAUAAUUCAACAUGA